AUGCGCGGAUACGAAAAUAGGAAGAAUGCCCCGAAAUGUGCAGUGAAGAUCGACCUCCGCAAGGCAUUCGACACCGUGGACUGGGACUUCCUAAGGGCAGUCCUACAUGGCCUGAAUCUUCAUCCUAAAUUUGUAUUUUGGGUGAUGCAAUGUGUCAUGUCCCCAAGGUUCUCGUUGGCAAUCAACGGGAGCCCUCACGGUUUCUUCUCCGGUAAAAGGGGUCUUAGACAGGGAGACCCCAUGUCGCCUACUCUCUUUAUCUUUUGCAUGGAAUAUCUUUCUAGGCUCUUGGCGGCCCGUACUAUGAACUCUAACUUUAAUUACCAUGCAAAAUGUGAGAAGGAGAGAAUCACGCACCUUGCAUUGGCUGAUGAUUUUAUGUUGUUUGGCAGGGGCGAUUACAUGUCUAUGGAGAUCCUAGCAAACACAAUGGAGGAAUUCUCAAACUGCUCGGGACUAGAGAUCAAUAAGGGCAAAUCCAACAUCUUUGAGGGAGGAAAGUUAGCUAUGAGGGACUUGGACGAGAUUAAGGGCAUCUUUGGUUUCCCACUUGGGUCACUCCCAGUGAGAUACCUAGGGGUGCCCCUACAUUCAAAGAAGCUAAACAUCAUGCAUUACUCCCCCCUCAUCGAGAAGAUCGCCUCACUCACUAAGAAGUGGACGGGGUAUCGAGUGCUACUGGCUACAAGUCUUCCCGUUGCCAGCAAAUGUGAGAGACCGGGUGAUUGCAAUCUGCCGAGAAUUUCUCUGGGGAACAAAGUACGGAGCGGUGGCGUGGAAGGACCUUUGCGUGCCCAAGGAAGAAGGAGGGCUCGGCCUCCGGGACCUUGGGGCAUGGAACAAAGCACUCCUAGCUCGGUACCUCUUUGGAACAUCCACGUCAAGAAAGACUCUCUUUGGAUCAAGUGGAUUCAUACCGAGUUCAUCAAGGGCAAGUCGAUAUGGGAGUGGAGUGUGAAGUCCCGAGACUCUCCACUGUUCAAGAGAUUGAUCGAGAUUCGGGACGAGAUGCUUGGUGAUCGACAACAAAGAGAAGUCGAGAUUCAGUGGGAGAAGUGGUAUACAUCAAAAGGAACCGUCGAGGCCUAUGACUGGUUUAGGCCUAAAGGGGAACAUAGACUUUGGCACAGGUUCAUUUGGAAGGAUUUUAUCCCUCCAAAGUAUUCGUUCACGACCUGGCAGGCGCUUAGGAACCGGCUACCGACGAGGGACAGGCUUGGCUGCAGAGACACUGAGAUUGAUCAAAGAUGUCCACUAUGCACCUCAGAAACGGAAUCAGUGGACCACAUCUUCUUCUAG